CUCUCACAUCGCCCACAGAAAAUACAUGCAACUUGAAGCGAAGCUCCUUCUAUUAUAUAACUCUAACUACAAACCCAACCAACCCCCCUCUCUUUCAAACCCAAAAAGAUCCCUUCUUCUCAAAACUUCACUCACUUUCCUUUAUCAUUUAUUUUUAUUUUUAUUUUUGAAAAAAAAAAAAAAAACUUCAAAACCUCAUUAACACCAUUCAAACUUAGAAAUCAUCAUCUUCAUAGUCAUUAUUCAUUUAUUCAUCAACAACAUAACAAGUUCAACAAAAUGCCUCCAAAUCCACCCAAGUCUUCUCUCCUCCUCCACAGGAUCAACCCCGCCUGCGGCACCGCCGUCGCAAACUGCCACAACCUCCACGGCGGAGACACCAUUCUCAUGAAUCCCGCCGCCACCAUCCCCGACGCAGUGGCUCGCUACCACACCCACGCCGUCUCCCCCAACCAGUGCUGCUCCGCCGUGGUGCAGGAGAUCGCCGCCUCCGUCUCCACCGUGUGGUCCGUCGUGCGACGCUUCGACAACCCGCAGGCCUACAAGCACUUCGUCAAGAGCUGCAACGUCAUCGGCGGCGACGGAGACGUCGGCACCCUCCGUGAGGUCCACGUCAUCUCCGGCCUCCCCGCCGCCCGGAGCACCGAACGCCUCGAGAUCCUCGACGAGGAGCGGCAUGUUCUCAGCUUCAGCGUCGUCGGUGGGGAACACAGGCUCGCCAACUACCGCUCCGUCACGACCCUCCACCCUACAGGCGACGGCGCCGGCACGGUGGUGGUGGAAUCUUACGUCGUGGACGUGCCGCCGGGGAACACCAAGGAAGAUACUUGCGUGUUCGUUGACACCAUCGUUCGGUGCAACCUUCAGUCACUCGCGAAAACCGCAGAGAACUUAACGCAACGAAAUAACAACAACAACAUCAACGAUUACAAGUGCUGUUCCUAA